AUGUCUGCAGCCCGAGCGAUACGUACGGCGGAGCGGCUUCUUGCACAGCAUUCCAGACAUUCUUUGAAGGCAUCAAACAUCCGUGUACUGUCGACUAGCAGCCAUGCCUCCUCCUCACGAAUGGGCAGAGGAAACCGUUACACCCUGUCUCGAAAUCAACGUCGUCCAAGUCACCCUUCCGCCACACAUCCAACUUCCAACCACGCAUCGCACCCGGUAGCUUCCCAUUCUGAUCAUCUAUCGCAUCCGACUACGUCUCCAACAAAUCAUCAAGCGGAACCUCGCACCUCGCCAGAGCAUGCCGCGACUAACUUCCCAACCGACCCAUCAGUGCACGUGCCUGCCGUGGUUCCUGAAGAUGCCCACUCCGUCCUUCAAACCUCUUCCGACUUCUCGGGAGCCAAGCAACUACUCACGCAAUCAGCUCUCGUCGUGACUCGAGAGAUCGAGAUGAUGAACAUCUUUCUCGGAUUCGAACAGGUCAACAAGUAUUCCAUUCAUUCGCCAACCGGAGAACUCGUUGGCUACCUCGCAGAGGAAGAACAAGGUCUGCUCGGAGGUGCGCUUCAACGACAAGUCUUACGAACGCACCGGCCGUUCCGUGCGACGGUCAUGGAUGCUUCUGGCAAACCAGUGUUGAUGAUUCGAAGGCCGUUUACGUGGAUCAACUCAACGGCGAGCAUCUUUGCGGUCAGAUCGGACUAUCCGGUUGGAUACGGUGCCCCUCAGGAUGCGGAUCUGGAGCUGAUAGGGGAGGUGCAGCAGAGGUGGCAUCUGUACAAGAGGAGGUACGAGCUCUUUUUGAAGAGGCAGGCGGAGGAGGGGGAGGGGGGCAGCAGGUUCGUACAGUUUGCUGCGAUCGAUGCUGGGUUUUUGAGCUGGACGUUUCUUAUGCAGGAUGCAGAGAGCAGGUUGGUGGGUGCGAUUGAUCGGAAUUUCCGCGGGUUUGGGCGGGAGAUCUUCACGGAUACGGGUCAGUACGUGUUGAGGUUCGAUAGCGUCGGUCAGACUGCAAUGGCGGAUGCACGAUUGGUGGAUUUUUCUUCGAGCGCGUCGCAGGCGAAACCGCAGGGGAUCGCAGAAGGUUUAGAGAUGGUCGAGAGCCAUGGAACACGAGCGCUGACGUUGGACGAACGAGCGGUGGCGCUAGCGACAGCGGUGAGCAUCGACUUUGAUUACUUCAGUAGACACUCGGAAGGUAUGCAUGGGGGAGGUGGAAUGUUGCCUUGGAUGAUGAUGCCUGGAAUGGGCGGAGGUGGGGGAGGUGAAGCUGCGGAGACACCGAAGGGUGGUCCCAACGACAAUGUUCCCAGCAAUCCGAAUGGCAACGGCGACGGCGGGUUUGGGACCGGUGUUGCGGGUGGAGCCAUAGGGAGUGGGAUGGAUUACCCCUACGGCGCAUCCGAUUCGGGCAUGAGCGAAGACGGGAGACUCGGUCAACCACCAUCGAACCCGAACGGAUAUGGAGACGACUCUUCCCCGCAACAACAGGAACAGAGCGACAGUCCGUGGUGGAACGCGGAUCAGCAACAACAGGGCGGACAAGAGGGAGAUGUUUGGGGAACUGGCAACUCUGACCCGUGGGCUGGGGCAGGGGACACGCAGCAACAAGACGAUAGUUUCUGGGGUGGCUGGGGUGGCAACGGUGGCGGUGAUGGGGGUGGAGGUGGUGGCUGGGGUGGAUUCUUUGGCGGUGAUGGUGAUGGCGGUGGUGGUGAUUGGUAG